AGGUAGCGUGUCAUUGUUCGUUAAUUGAACAGAAUCUUCACUAUCGCCAGUCAUGGCCUCUGGGUUAAACACACGUAAAAAACAAGUGUUCAGAUUGUUAAUCGACGACUUCAUCUAAUACUGUGUCAAUAAUGGAUCGUUGUGAAAGCUGGUUUGGUAAACGAUCUCUCCGAAGCAGCAACCAUGAGCAAGGCAACUUUAAGGACCGGUUCAUCCCUUAUCGCCCGGAACUCAAUGUGGAAAGCGCACAUAUGCAGCUUUUUUCCCGUAGCCCAAAUGAGAAGAGUUUGCAGGGUGGGGUCGAAUCUCCAGGGGUGAAGGAAUACAGUCGGCGCUUAUCCGUGGUUCUAAAUGAACAACACGGAAUUCUACCCACCCACGGAUGUGGAUCAACAUGCAACUCGCCAUCGCGACCCACCACCACAAGACGGUCCUCUACCCCUUGGUUGAUGGACCUGGGAGAAGAGGUGUUCAGCUCCCCCUCCCCCCGGGCUGCCAAAAGACACGUGUCCACGGCCCCGGACCGAGUGUUAGACAUGCCAGGGCUCAGAGAUGAUUUUUAUUGUAACGUAUUAGACUGGGGCCCCAACGGCUGCAUCGCUGUAGCACUGGGGGCUAACACCUACGUGUGGAACGUCAAGAAUGAGGAGUGCAAGCGACUACGCCUGCAUCUGCCCGAGUUGGAGGACUUCUACGUAUCAUCCGUGGCGUGGAGCAAGGUGGGAGAGACGCUGGCUAUAGGAACCUGUCAGGGAGACAUCCUGCUAUGGGAUGCUACAAGUAUGAAAGUUGUCAAGAAUUUCCGAACACGUGACCACUGCCACGUGGGAAGUCUGUCCUGGUCCAAAGAUAAGCUAAUGAGUGGAUCGCGCAAGGGCAAAAUUUCAAUUUACGACCCACGUGACCCUGUUGUGUGUAGCAGCUUAAGCGGCCAUAAGCGUGACGUCACGAACUUGAAAUUGUCCACGGAUGAAGAAUUCCUGGCCAGUGGUGGGGAUGAUGGGAUUGUCAACAUUUGGAGCAUGCGCAACAACUCGGUCUACAGACGGAUUGAGUCACACAAGGCAUGCGCGAAGGCACUUGCGUGGUGUCCAUGGCGACCAAGUGUGAUUGCGAGCGGUGGCGGUUCAAAUGAUGGCCACAUUCGUCUCUGGCACGUGCAUACCGGAGAAAAACUGACCGAGGUGGAUACGAAGUCUCAGGUGUGCAGCCUCAUGUGGUCGUCUGUGUGUCACGAGCUGGUGUCCAGUCACGGGGUGCCGAAUGCCGACAAGAACAGCAUACAUCUCUGGCGGACUCGUCUGAUGAAACUGGAGCAGACGACACGACUGCAGCAGCACAGCAGACGACCACUGCAUCUGGCAAUCAGCCCCGACGGGACAACACUAGCAUCUCUUGGGGCAGACGAGAAUCUGUGUCUGUGGAGGUGCUUCCCGUCCUCCACACCCAGAACAUCUUCAACCGAUCACGAUUCGCCGCUCCAGCUCACCAAGUCCAUCCGCUGAACAUACAAACAAUAGAUCGACAAGCAUAUGUAAACAGUGAACAUAAUAAAUACUUCUACAUUCAUGGCAAAUGAAAUGGCGUAUGUCCGUUUGGUUUAAUCUGAUGCUGAUGCGUUGCUUCAGACUUCAAUGUCUUUUGAUAUAUUAUUUACCAUUCAUUAAGAAAAUAUUUUUCAUAGUAAUACUUAUGACUGUUUUGUUUGUUGUUAUGUGGGAAGUGGUGAAUGUAGUCUUCCGGCACUACUUCCUGUACUACUUCCUGUACAACUGUUAACAGGGGGUUGAGGCUAUGUAGAGCCAGCACUGAACUACGGAUAAAGUGCUUUUCGUUUGGAAAUAUUUCAUUACCAAUAAUCCAGUACAACCAGAAUGGAAUUUUAAUGGAUUAUUGAAAUAAUUAUGUCAGGUGCCAAAUUGUUUAGUUUUGUUGUAUCGGUAAGAUGUUCCUGUUACUAUUGACCAGGAACUCUGGGGGCUAGCUUUGUUGUCAGAACGGAACAAUGUUUUGUAAACAAAUACCAAAUUAUUCUAGGUUCAAUAAACUUCUCUAUUGUUA